AUGUCUACCUUCUCCCUCUUAAACUCUUUCCCCGCCGAAAUCCACAGUUUAAUCCUCGAACAAUGUCCUCCAAAUGACCGUACCUGUCUCCGACUCACGUGUAAAUACCUCUACACCCUCUCACCCCCCAGAUACCCCGUUUCCCUCUACUAUUCCCCUAUCCCCGAGGUUUUCUGCUCAAAAUCUGAAGUAUCCCAUAUUUCCCCUGGUGUUCACAAUCAGCGCUUUCCUAUUCGAAAAUGUGGACUAGGAGCACAAUUAUGUCAUGAUCGUUCCCUCAACUACAUAAACCUCCUCCGCGCCUCCGAAAAUCUUCCCCCUCUCACGCGAAAAAAAUGUCGUGAUUAUUAUUGUGGCGAUCACUGUGAAUGUUUUUCUCGGUCAAGAACAUUACACCAACAGUUGCAAAAAUGGAUGCCGAAGGAUAUGAAAUAUUGUAGUGAAUGUAGUGUUUUCACUAAGAGGAGGAAGAGCAAAAAGGGUCGAUGUACACAUGGCCACAAGAAAAGAAAUAGUCGUAAUUCCCAUAUUACAUCGAAUCUUUGGACGAAUCAUAAGGGACAUGGUGGUUAUUAUCAUAAGUUGUGGAAGAAAUGGUUUAACAACUCCGCCUUCGACAAUAUGGAAGCUCGUCUUCGUCUCGGCAAGCGAAACUCUAACUCGCGCUAUAAUCUACGGAAAGAAUAUAUACCCCGUGCUAGAUAUUUAGAUACGACUUGGUCGAGACACGAGCGAGGAAGUUGGGUUUGA